AUGUCUGCCACCACAUAUAGCCUGCCUCCCCUCCCCUACGCCUACGAUGCCUUGGAGCCCAGCAUCUCCAAGCAGAUUAUGGAGCUGCACCACAGCAAGCACCACCAGGCCUACGUGACCAACCUCAACAACGCCCUCGGCUCUUACGCCGCCGCCGUUGCCGCCUCCGACAUUCCCGGCCAGAUUGCUCUUCAGGGCGCCAUCAAGUUCAACGGUGGCGGUCACAUUAACCACUCUCUCUUCUGGGAGAACCUUGCCCCUGCUGGCACCCCCGAGGCCAACACCACCGCUGCUCCUACUCUCAUUGCUGAGAUCACCAAGACCUGGGGCAGCUUCGGCGACUUCCAGGCCGCGUUCGGUAAGGCCCUUCUCGGUCUUCAAGGCAGUGGCUGGGGCUGGUUGAUCAAGGACACCCACGGCCUUCGCAUUGUCACCACCAAGGACCAGGACCCUGUUGUCAGCGGCGAGGUCCCAAUCUUCGGUGUCGACAUGUGGGAGCACGCCUACUACCUUCAGUACCUCAACGGCAAGGCUGCCUACAUUGAGAACAUCUGGAAGGUCAUCAACUGGAAGACUACCGAGCGCCGCUUUGCCAAUGGCCGCGACGACACCUUCAAGGUCCUCAAGGCCUCCAUCUAA